GUGCCGCAACAAGCGCAACAGAAAAAGAAGAAAGAACUUCCGGAGGUCAAAGGUAAUCUUCACUUUUGAAAACAUGGAUCCCAACAAAGUGGAUGAAGCAUCAGGCAAGAUGAGUGGUGAAGGAGACAUUGCAUCUGUCAUGGGAUUCUCUGGGUUUGGUAAGAAGGCUCGCACAUUUGACCUGGAUGCCAUUUUUGAACAGACCCGACGAACAGCUAUUGAGAGGAGUCAACGUGUAUUUGACGAGUGGCAGAAGGAUAAUCAGAUGGAGGAGGAAGGGGAGAGCUCCAAAUCAGUCAAGUCAUCAGUCCAAACUCAGAGAGACAAAUCUGCAGCUGCUACUUCCAGAAAACAGGAGAGUGAGAGCAGUAGUGGCAGUGGUUCAGACUCAGACUCAGAGCUUAUUGGGCCUCCACUGCCUCCUCAACAUACAGCCCAGGACGAUGAUGAUGAGCGUGUGCGACUGCCUCAUCCACCAGGUUACACAGGCAGCACGGCUCACAGUGAUGAAGAUGAUGAUGAUGAUGAUGAAGGGGAGGCACAAGAUGAUGAUGAUAAUCCAGUGAAGAAGAUUCCAGACACUCAUGAGAUCACUCUGCAGCACGGCACCAAGACAGUAUCAGCUCUUGGCUUAGACCCCUCCGGAGCCCGUCUGGUGACUGGUGGGUAUGAUUAUGAUGUGCGGUUCUGGGAUUUUGCUGGGAUGGACCAGGCUCUGCAAGCCUUCAGGACCCUCCAGCCCUGUGAGUGCCAUCAGAUCAGAUCCCUGCAGUACAGCAUCACUGGUGAUGUCAUCCUGGUGGUUUCUGGCAAUGCACAGGCCAAAGUGUUGGACCGUGAUGGGUUCAAUGUCAUGGAGUGUAUGAAGGGAGACCAGUACAUUGUGGAUAUGGCCAACACCAAGGGCCACACAGCGAUGCUGAAUUGUGGCUGCUGGCAUCCCAAGAUUAAAGAAGAGUUCAUGACCUGCUCCAAUGAUGGCACUGUGCGCACAUGGGACCUGAAUUCGGAGAAGAAGCACAAGUCUGUGUUCAAACCACGCACCCUUCAGGGGAAGAAGGUCACCCCCACAUGCUGCGCCUACAGCCGUGAUGGGAAGCUCAUUGCAGCAGGCUGUCAGGAUGGCACCAUCCAGAUCUGGGACAGAAACCUCAGCGUCCACACAAAGUUCCACUGUCGGCAAGCACACAUUCCAGGAUCAGACACCUCCUGCCUCUCAUUUUCCUAUGAUGGCAUGACUCUCGCUUCACGUGGAGGUGAUGACACUCUGAAGACGUGGGAUAUACGUAACUUCAGGAAGCCUGUGAAUGUAGCUAAUGGACUGACCAACUACUUUUCAAUGACUGACUGCUGUUUUAGCCCAGAUGACAAGCUUCUUGUAACGGGGACCUCAGUGAAGAAAGACGAGGGAAAUGGGAAGUUAGUUUUCUUUGACCGAGCUUCCUUUCAGAGGGUCUAUGAAAUAGAAGUCACCAGUGCAAGCGUCGUCCGCUGCCUGUGGCACCCAAAACUUAACCAGAUAAUGGUGGGAACUGGGAAUGGACUGGCUAAGGUCUACUAUGACCCUGUUAAAAGCCACAGAGGGGCUAAACUGUGUGUAGUGAAGAGCCAGCGGAAAGAGAAACAAGCAGAGACCCUAACACAAGACUACAUCAUCACACCUCAUGCCUUACCCAUGUUCAGAGAGGCCCGGCAGCGGAGUACACGAAAACAGCUGGAGAAGGACCGACUUGACCCAAAGAAAUCCCACAAACCCGAGCCUCCUGUGUCUGGACCAGGUCGUGGAGGGAGAGUAGCAGCUCAUGGUGGCACUCUGUCUUCAUUCAUUGUGAAGAACAUUGCUUUAGAUAAAACAGAUGACAGUAACCCACGAGAGGCCAUCUUACGUCAUGCCAAGGAAGCUUCAGAUAACCCUUACUGGGUUGCCCCGGCAUACACACAGACCCAGCCAGAGCCUGUGUUUGCAGAGGAAUCAGAGGAGGACGAGGAGGCUGACAAGGAACCAGAGUGGAAGAAACGCAAGAUCUGAAGCUCUUCAACAGCAGCUCAUUUUAUAUAGGAUGGCUGACAGGGUGGGCUUGUGGUUGGAUAUACAGCACCGUAACCACAAGGUCUCAGGAUCAAUCCCAGAACACUGAGUUACUGUCAGAAACUGUGCAUAGGAGCAUCAGUUAAAUUACUAAAUUGUGCAGCCUCUGUCCUCCCUCCUGUAAUGCUUUAAGCGAAUAUUUAUGUGCGUGCUUCUGUGUUAAGGGGUAGCACAUAAAUGGCAUUUUCACUGUGCAAGCAAAAUAUAAUUUUAUACAGGUUUAUGUUCCUCUCAUUGCAAUAUAUCAACCUCUGAAAGAACUUGGCUUUUUAUAUUGGAUGAUAUUGAUUUUAUUUUCAUCAUUUCUAUUGUCCUCUCCUCCCACAUCUCCAGAGUUUGCUAAUGCCUCAUAAAUCGGCUCCAGAUUUUGUGGUCUGGUUCUGUUCAUCAACUAUGAAGAACAGUUUGUUAGUUUGUAAAAAGUAAAUUGCAAAGUACAAAACAAUUCCAGCCAAAAUAAAAACUUUUUUUCUACAUACUGUUUCACCUCGAAACCUAAAUAAAGGAAUUUGUAUUCUCUUGUCAAA